ACCGCCUCCCGGAGCUUGCUCUGCAAACCGUGGCUGCUUGUGCAGGACGCGCGUGCAAAAGAAGGGCGGUGGAGCCCUGCCAUGCAGCUCCCCGAGGACGCCACUGGGCAUGGCCCGCUGGCCUCAGUGACUAUUAUCCUCCCAGUGCACAAUGCUGAACUGUGGCUGGAUGAGUGCUUGGCGUCUGUUUUACAGCAAGACUUUGAAGGCACCAUGGAGCUCUCUGUUUUUAAUGAUGCCAGCAAGGACAAUUCUAGGACCAUCAUUGAGAAAUGGAAGGUGAAACUGGAAGAUUCUGGCAUCUCUGUAGUCAUUGGAGGCCAUGACUCUCCUUCUCCCAGAGGAGUUGGAUAUUCUAAAAACCAAGCAAUUGCACAGAGCACCGGGUCUUACCUUUGCUUUUUGGAUUCAGAUGAUGUCAUGAUGCCCCAGAGAGUGAGGCUGCAAUAUGAAGCCGCCGUGCAGCACCCAACGAGUAUCAUAGGAUGCCAAGUGAGGAGAGACCCCCCAGACUCUACAGAGCGGUACACACGUUGGAUCAACCAGUUGACAUCGGAUCAGCUGCUGACACAGGUGUUCACCUCCCAUGGCCCCACAGUGAUCAUGCCUACGUGGUUCUGCUCUCGGGCCUGGUUUUCCCACGUGGGCCUGUUUGAUGAAGGGGGACAGGGGGUACCAGAGGAUUUGCUGUUCUUCUAUGAGCACCUUAGGAAAGGGGGUGGCGUCUUCCGUGUGGACCACAACCUGCUCCUCUACCGCUAUCACCCGUAUGCAGCCACACAUUCGGUCCACGAGAUUACCAUCUGGACCCACCGUGUCCACUUCCUAGAGGAACAAGUCCUACCCCGUUGGAAGUCCUUCACCAUUUGGAAUGCAGGCAAGCAGGGGCGUAGGUUAUACCGCAGUCUGACAGCAGCCAGCCGGUGUAAGGUGGUGGCCUUCUGUGAUGUUGAUGAGAACAAGAUCAGAAAGGGCUUUUACUGCCAUGAGGAGUCUCAGGAGAGACCCAAGCCGAAGGUCCCCAUCCUGCAUUUCCAAGCUGCGCAGUCACCCUUUGUCAUCUGUGUGAAGCUGGACCUCACAGGGGGUGCGUUUGAAGACAACCUGAAGUCACUGAACUUGCAGGAAGGCCGGGACUUCGUUCACUUCAGCUGAGGCUGCCGCCAGGUGGUCUACAUUGCAACCACUGCAGGUUUUUCUAUGUCGUCCUGGAACUCACUAUGCAGACCAGACUGGCGUCAAACUCAGAGACCCGCCUGCCUCUGCUGGGAUGAAAGGUGUGCACACCAUUCCAGGAUGUUUCCUCUUCAUCCAACGCAGUGAAGACCCAGCACGAGCCAGAGUUCCUUCCUAUGAGGACAGAUUUUCCGUCUACCAGUGCUGAGAACACAGCUCUGUAGAGUUCCAGCUUUAUUAGGUUUCUUGUGGCUUUUUAUCUACUCUUCCCUGCCACCACCAAAAUUUCAUUUACUAGAAGUGGGGACAUGUUCUUGGGCACACAGCCUCUAGCUACUCUUUCUGCUCUUCAGCUCAUGGAGCACUCGGGCUUGCACUCACUCUCUCUCUCUCUCUCUCUCUCUCUCUCUCUCUCUCUCUCUCUCUCUCUCUCUCUCUCUCUCUCUCCCCCCCCUCCCUCUCUCUAGGAUAUGGAGAGAUCAAAGAGGCAGGCACGGGGCUACCACAGCAGGACAGGUGAUGUAUGUCCUGGGACAAGAGGUGCAAAUGACCCAGGCCCCGGGACCAGAGAUGUCCCGUAGUCCCACAGGGACACUGGAUUCUGAGGAUCUUUUGCUCAGACCAUGAUAGUACUGCUGGGGAUGUGGCUGGCUCAGCAUGAGGGAGGAGACAGCUGCCUGCCACUACAUGUGCCCAGCACUUCACACUCUCCACCAGGGUGUGAGCAUCUGUCAUGCUACAGAAAUCACUCAGUGCCUAAAACCCAGCAAAACACUAGGAGUGGAACCCAUGGUGGAUCUUCACCUAAGUCCCAAAGAUAGAGGCCAGGCUGUAUGGGACAUGAUUUAAUGGGAAGCACAUGGUGUUAGGACAGCAGAAGUACGGGCAGACCAGGCCACCAGAGGACAGCAUGCAUGAAGUUACUGCUCUCUGUGGAUGGCCUCCCAGUCCAGCUGGCAGCAUGUGCCACCUUUCUCAGGUGUGUGGCACCAAGUUUCCAUGAUGGUAAAGCUUGUUGCAGACCCUCAGGGUAGGGCAUCCCAGCUAGGCAGGCAAUGGCUCAGCUUCCAGGAGCAGACUGUAAAGAUAACACAGCAAUGUCAGGCUAAUCCCUACCCUCUCUGAUGUAUGGCUAAAGGCUGCCAUGUCCCAGGAUCCUAGCAGGUUGGUGGACAGAGUAGGUUGCUAAAUUGUUCACGUGCGUUCAGAGUUCCCUAACAAUGGAAAGCGUCGUUGAAAACUCAAUUUCGCUCUCCACAUAGGAGGCUGAGACUAGACCGUGGCUCCUCAAGGGGGAGGCCCUGGGGGGACUCAGGCACACAAACCUAGCAUAGCACACACAGGAGAGGGAAAGAACAAAAUCCUUCCCAGCAUGCCGAGGUAACAGGAGCUCAGGGUUUUAAAGCCAGAUCAUCAAAGCAAAGAAAACAGGAAAAACAGUAGCUGACCGUCAAAGACGUGUCAGCUGAAUACCAAGGCCUCAGGGUUAGGGCAAGGCCAGGGAUGAGGCAGUGUGUGAAGAAAGACUGCUUGGCCCCAGGGUAAUCAGGGACAGAAGAACAGAACAGUGAACAAGUUAGCAGGAGGGGAAAUGAAAUCCAGAUAAGGGAAAAAGAAACCAUAAACAGGAAGGUCAAAUAGGAAACAGAGACUAUGAACAUAAACUUGUCAGUAAUUAGAGUAAACAUGAAUGCAUGAAACACUAAUUAAUAAAGAUCUGUAAAUGACAGAAAGGCAUAACUGUACAGGAGACAAGCUAACCAGAUGUCACCACUAACACGGGGCAGAGGGGAUGUCAAGUGUAGGAACACCUAGUUAAUAACAGCUCCAGAGUGCAUCCCCCACAGUUCAGACAUAAUUAAAGGACAACCGAGACAAAUGCAAACACUGCUUCGUCAGUACUGAUGGAGUAAGACGACAGAAUCCCUGCCAUGGGGGCCUGCCCAAGGUAGGAAAGUCAUCUGUCAGGCACACCUGAACUGUCUUCGAGGGAGGGAUGUAUCCCACAGGCCAGGAAGAGCCCAAGGGUGGAGAUGGACUGGCUGACUGGAAUGUUCCUCUGUCCCUGACUCACCUAGGACUCCAGCAUGAGGCUCGGGUUCUGUAAGGGCAGGGAGCCCAAGGCCUACGCCACAGCUAACAUCCGACAGCAGCUUCCACGGUCAAGAUAGGUGAAGCGGCCAAGCAAGGCAGUCAAGAGGACUGAGGCCUCAGUGGGACAGAAGUCCAGGGAGACACGGAAGCCAGAGGGGACAGGUGUCCUCAGAGAAACAGAGCCCCAGUCGGAUGCGCAUCCAGGCAGGGAGUAAGUAAUGGUACCAACGUGGGACCCGGUUUACUUUAGGCAGGAGCUCAGAAUAGUAGACAGCACAGGCCCCAUGGAUCCUCAGAAUGCUUGUUACCUUUGCAGCCAGCUGGGGUCUGGGCACGCCAAGGAGGUCACACAGGUGAUUCCGCUGCCCUCUUACAACUGGAAGCUCUGCAUCCCUGGGAAGGAAAGCAUUUGAGUUCCCUAGGCCAACAUGGUUCAGCUCCUCCCCCCAGAGUAGAUACCAGGGCCCAUACCCUGUUCUAGGAACAUACAGAAGAGACGUGACCUCAGGCCAACAGGCUUCUGAAGCUUCAUUAGAACUCAGCUGUUGACUUUCAUUGGAAUAGAAAGGUACAAAGCAUGUUUUGUGUGUAAGAGUUAAAAUAGUUCUCUGUAAACCAGGUGUCAGGUUCUUCAGAGUUCCUAACACCCAUGUAGGGCAACUCACAACCACCUGUAACCCCAGCUCCAGGGGGAUUUGGACAUCUUUUUUUGGCCUCGGCAGGCAACUGCACUCACACAUGCAAGGCCUCACACAUGCAUACACACAGUUCUCCCUCCCUGCUGUCCUUUCUCAAGAUGAGUGUUUUAGGAAGUUGGAAGCAAUGCCCACUGUCUCCUCAGAAGGCACCGUGUUAAGUUUCUACUGACAGCAAAGACCUUGAAAUGCAUUCUGGCCUUCCAGGCCCCCACAGCUCUCACCUAGGCAGGAAGGAAGGCCACAUCCUAGCAUGAGCUCCUGUUCUGGGGAGCGUGCAUGAAUCCAUCAAAAACCCUCACUUGCUACCCCAACAGACCUGCCAGCAUUUGAGGUCAGCAAUACCCCUUCUCCAUCAGUCUUAAUGGACAGUGUCUGCAGUAGCAGUAACUUGGGCUGCCUGGCUGUGCCUCCCAAAUAGUUUAUCUACUACAGGGGACAAGCCAGCUUGAAGUGCACCUGUACACACGUGAUGGUUCUGUGUGCUUGGCAGUGCAUAUACAUGUGACUAUGAGCAGCUGUAUGUAUGUGAUCAUGUAUACAAACGUAUAUGAAUGUGUACAGUGCCUGGAUCACAGGUCAUAUAAGGUAACUGCUUCUAGGCUCAGGCUGGAGCGUCUAAGAAUCACACCCACAGGCUGUACACCCCGCCACCAACAUCUCCUCUCCACUUCUUGACUUUGAAGACAAGUCUCUAAGGCCUUAUAAAUAAAAAUAAAUGAAACAGGAAAGAUCACAUUGCCCUUGCAGUAGGAAAAUAAAAGUUGCUGACACCCACUUGGUGGCAUCCUGAUGGCCCUGUAUUCCAGUUACUCAAAAACACCAGCUUCUGAGCCACUCUGCCCACCUUGCUUACAAGAGAAAAGCAGUCACACAUUAAACAUUUUCCUGAAGCUCCCAGGAUGUGUCUGUCCUCAGCCCUGUGUGAAGCUGUUGAGGGUUAGGAAUGUCUCCCCUCUUUCCAUCAGAAGCUAGGGGGACAGGAGAAGACUGUCAGCAGCUCAGGCAGACCCUACUUACCAGGCUGUAUCACUGAGCACAGACAUGACCUCAUCAAGCACGCCUGCAUCCACCAAGUCGCUAUAGGUGAGCACCAUCUCGUACAGCUGGCUUGCUGUGGCCUUCCGGAUCUGGGACAAGAACAGCAGGUCAACAGGAGGAAAACCCAUCACCACCGGGAAAUGAAUCUGGCCACAGUCCACACACUGACAUGCAGCAGAAGGAAGAUCUGCAGCCUCUGUCAGAAGGGAUCCUGCCUGGGAGUGUCCUGUGACAAAGGCUUCAGAUGGCCUCGUCUACCCCGGUAAUGUGCCUUUCUGACAAAGAGGCUGAGCUGUGGGUCAUCCCACUCUACCUCAAAAAAAACUGUCCUUUGCAGAAAUUCCCUGACUUCUUAGGGGAGAAAUG